UAGUAAUAUCUGCUUCUUCAGACACGACAGUGAAAGUAUGGAACGCACAUAAGGGAUUUUGCAUGUCAACAUUGAGGACACAUAAGGAUUACGUAAAGGCCUUAGCAUACGCCAAGGAUAAAGAAUUGGUAGCAUCGGCUGGGUUGGACAGACAAAUAUUCCUCUGGGAUGUGAAUACUCUAACAGCCUUGACUGCCUCAAAUAACACUGUCACAACUUCUUCUCUAAGUGGGAACAAAGAUUCUAUUUACAGCCUGGCCAUGAAUCAACUGGGAACAGUCAUUGUAUCGGGGUCCACUGAGAAGGUUUUAAGGGUAUGGGAUCCAAGAACAUGCGCAAAACUGAUGAAGCUGAAGGGGCACACAGAUAACGUGAAAGCGUUGCUGCUGAACAGAGACGGCACCCAGUGUCUUUCUGGCAGCUCUGAUGGCACGAUCCGCCUCUGGUCCCUUGGCCAGCAGAGGUGUAUAGCCACGUACCGAGUCCAUGACGAAGGCGUUUGGGCCCUGCAAGUCAGUGACGCCUUCACACACGUGUACUCCGGAGGAAGGGACCGGAAGAUUUAUUGUACUGACUUAAGAAACCCUGACAUUCGAGUGCUAAUUUGUGAAGAAAAAGCACCAGUUCUCAAAAUGGAGCUUGAUAGGUCCGCUGAUCCCCCUCCUGCAAUCUGGGUUGCAACAACUAAGUCCACAGUAAAUAAAUGGACAUUGAAGGGAAUUCAUAAUUUUAGAGCCUCUGGAGAUUAUGACAAUGAUUGUACAAAUCCUAUAACACCCCUUUGCACACAACCGGACCAGGUAAUUAAAGGGGGAGCUAGUAUUAUUCAGUGCCACAUUCUUAAUGAUAAGAGACAUAUAUUAACCAAAGAUACCAAUAAUAAUGUGGCAUAUUGGGAUGUUUUGAAGGCAUGUAAAGUUGAAGAUCUGGGCAAAGUGGAUUUCGAGGAUGAAAUUAAGAAAAGAUUUAAAAUGGUGUAUGUGCCAAAUUGGUUCUCAGUGGACUUAAAAACGGGGAUGUUGACCAUCACUUUGGACGAGAGUGACUGUUUCGCUGCUUGGGUUUCUGCAAAAGAUGCCGGUUUCAGCAGCCCCGAUGGGUCAGAUCCAAAAUUGAAUUUAGGAGGACUUUUACUCCAGGCACUGCUGGAAUAUUGGCCUAGAACACAUGUGAAUCCAAUGGAUGAAGAAGAAAAUGAAGUAAACCAUGUGAAUGGGGAGCAGGAGAACCGGGUGCAGAAAGGAAACGGGUAUUUCCAAGUGCCCCCACACACACCCGUGAUCUUCGGCGAAGCUGGAGGCCGCACGCUGUUCAGGCUGCUGUGCCGAGAUUCCGGGGGCGAGACGGAAUCCAUGCUUCUCAACGAGACAGUGCCACAAUGGGUAAUUGACAUCACUGUGGAUAAAAAUAUGCCCAAAUUCAACAAAAUUCCUUUCUACCUCCAACCUCAUGCAUCUUCGGGAGCAAAAACCUUAAAAAAAGACAGACUCUCUGCUAGUGACAUGCUCCAGGUCCGGAAAGUAAUGGAGCAUGUCUACGAGAAAAUUAUCAACUUGGAUAAUGAGUCUCAGACCACCAGCUCUUCUAAUAACGAGAAGCCAGGAGAACAGGAAAAAGAAGAGGACAUUGCUGUGUUGGCAGAGGAGAAAAUUGAGCUUCUGUGCCAGGACCAGGUUUUGGAUCCCAAUAUGGACCUCCGAACAGUGAAGCACUUCAUAUGGAAGAGUGGCGGCGACCUCACCCUCCAUUACCGCCAGAAGUCCACGUGAACGGGGCUGGCCUCCUGGGUAUUCACGUACUACCUUCCUCUACGGCCCCAAGAGUAGUCCUAGGAAGCCCACAGAGCCCCAGCGGGAGCAAGACUUCUAACGGCCAGUUUGGUAUGGACCGAGAUUCUCUUCCUGUUGAAGUGACUAAUCGAGAUGUAACAUAGAAACCAGUCUCCAUGUGUAGAUUAAGCUGUCCCUGGAAGGCAGAGCGUGAGCGGAAGAGCCCCAAGCAGACUCUGUCUCGCGAGACACACCGAGAACUGAGACAGGCCAGUGCAGACUUGGCUUCCUCCUUUCGUUUCAGAGGACCUUCUGUGUCUGUGAGCACUUGUUCGACAUGUCGGUUGGUCGGGCCACAUCUGUCACUGUGUUUCAACCUCAAACCCGUGUGCUCUGUAGCUUUUCUAAGAGUACAUUCCAUUCACGCAGUACCUAUGAAGGCUUUUUCCAAGUUUGUCAUAAAAAAAAAAAAAAAGGCAAAUUGUUUUCACCAUUUUAAGACAGUUAUUUUUAAUGGAAAUUUGCUGUUGCACAAUUUGAGAGCUGGCCCAUUUCAUAAUAAAUGAUUGGUGUUGGGCUUGUUUUUAAUACUGCAUCUCAGAGGUGUUCUCAUAGGGAGACUAGAAACCCAGGUGCUGUAUCAUAGCACUGUGGCCGCCAGGCCAGUCUACACAGCCUGUACCUGGCAAGGCUGCACGUGCCCCAGCACUCUGGCGGGGAGCUGCAGCGCUUCCCCCUUCCUCUGCUGGUCCAGUUUUAGGGAUGGGCAGAGCUGGCUCAGACUAUGGGGUCUUGCUCGGGGUGAGCAGCAGGACACUGUUAGAGCCUAAGACCGUGAUGAAAUUUUCAUUUCGUUCAAAUGCUCCCUAAAAUCGUGGCGUCAGAGUAAAGGGAUGGCAUAGUGAAUUCAUUGGAUACUCAUUUCCUGGAAGUAUACAUACUCGUUUCUCCAGUUUUAUAUGCGGGUUUUUGUUGUACCUGUAUGUGGAGCUUCUUUUCACUGUUCUUUCUAACAGUCUAAAGCUUUCAUAGACGCAUUUGGAUCCUGUACAGUAUGUAACUUAUUGGGGAUAAACACUUUGACUUUUGGCAGAAAACACUUUGGCUUCUUCCCAAGGUCAUUUGUAUUCGGGAUAGAUCGGUGGGCCGCCCCUGUAAAACCACGUGAGACGAGCCUCCUGUACGAAGCCAGAAGCACAAGUGCCUUCAGAGGGCAGUUUAUUCCAGUCCAGUUGCCUCCCCCGCUUGCGCGUGGCCCGUCCCCAACAUGGCAGGGACUGGGGAGGGGGCCAGGAGAGGCCUUUUCUUUUCUACAUUUACACAGGUCCAGCUAGGGGCAGCUGAUGGGCCUCGCCCACACCUUACUGUCGGAGAUACUCUGCUCCGCACAGAUGCAGAGCCAGGGUUCUCCCCUGCUGGUCAGCUCCUCUGGAGUGGACAGGUCCCUGCCUCCCGCACUUCGACGACAUGAGCAAAGACGUGUUCCCGUUUCCAGUGAGCCGAAAUGGUCUUUCUUCCUCCCUUCCUCAAAGAGCAACUGGCUUCUUUUUUUAAAGUCCUUUCUAUUCGUUGGAAUACAGCUGUGCACUUUUGGUGCACAUUUUUUAGCAAUAGUUGUGAACUAAGGGCAAAAAGGAAAAAAAAAAAAAAAAAAAAAAAAAAAACCUCAGCCAGCCCUCAGUUGUGUUUGCACGAGGGGCCUUUGAGCUAGAAGAAUGGGUUUUGCUGGGACUUUCGCCCUGUGUGCUGAGCCUGGGUGGCUGUGCUCCCCUCCUGUCAUACUUCUGACCCCCAGCAUGGUUGUACUUUUUCUCCCCCUCCGUCAAACCAGUAAUACAGUUUCCAAGAAAAUUUGACAGUCUGCAAUGCCAAGAGGGUAAAAAUCUGUAUUUCACAAUUGUAUAGAGAAUAAAGGCUUUAGUUAAAAUA